AAUUUUGGUAUCUACGUCUUAAAAAAGAAAAGAAAAGAAAAGAAAAAACUAAUAAAUUGCUUUUUAGUUCUUUCCCAACAAAGUAUUAGAAAAAUGUUACAACACUUUUGAUAUUUGUUAAUCUUCUUUUUCAAUUUUCCACUAUUUCUCUAUUUUGUUUGUUUAAACAAUUUUCUAAACCUCACAACUUAAACGAAAAAAUUGGGACAACCCCACCUAACAAAUUGCUUCUCUUCCACAUUCUUCAUUACCUUUCUAAUUUAACUCUAUUUUUAAAAAAAAAAUCUUCAAGAAAUCGAAAAUAACUGAAUAUCUUCUUUUUUUCUUCUUCUUCCUUCCAAGCUCCAAAGUUCUUGCAGAAGCAAUUCCUGUCAAAUUUAAUUUGGAUCUCCCUUGAUAGCUUAAGGUGGGGUUUCCUUUUUCUUUUUCAAUUUCCAAAAUGAUUUCAUUACUAAGAUGAUAAAUGCAUUAAUUCCUUGAUUUCUGAUUAUGUUCAUCAUCUAUUUGUAUCAGUAAUUGAUCCAAUAAAACAGGGGAAUUCAUCUGAAAUACCUGAAUAUCUUCUUCUUCUUGCCGACCUCCAAAGUUCUUGAAGAGCCCAUUUCCUGCCAAAUUUACAUUAUAUUGGAUCCAUUGUUCGCCUACUAUCCCAAGGUUGUUUCGAUCCUCAAAUUUCCGAUCAAAUGUCGAUGGUUGAGGAUGGCCGUAGCCUGGCAGGCUAUACACUGGAUGAUGUUUUGGCUAACAAUAGAUUAGGGCCACCGGCCACUGCAAGGGCCACCGAAAUCCGCGGCCGAACCCUACUUGACAUAAUCCGUGACGAGGAGCCGAGCACCGGCAAGGGGCUUUUCGGAAAGGAUAAAAGGACUUGGAAGUCUUUUAGGGAUAAGCUCCGGCUGAAGCGCGCCGGCUCUGCAUGGGUCUCAACGGUUCCAAUUCCGACCUCUGAUAUUCCUGUUCACAACAAGCGCUCUCUAAUGGGAAGACGAAAUCAAGUCCGUUUUAACACCGGUUCGUCCAAAAACUCCCCCGAUAAUCAAUCUCGUCAUCCGUCCGAAGAAACUUCCAAAUCCACUCGCCGUCAAAUGUGUCGACAAACUUCCACAAUGAACAGCUCAAGCGAUUCCUCUGCGUUUCAUUAUGAUGAAUCCUCCGAGUACUCAUCGUCUCCAGAUGCAGCGCCAGUUCGAAUCAUGAGACCGCAAAUGUCACGCCAUAACUCAGUCCGUGUCUCAAAUCCAAUGGAGAAUUACACGGAUCCAACAGAACCAGAUCGCGAUAACCGAAUCCGACACUUGAAUUUAUCAGAACACAGAAUGAUGUCCGCAAGAGAAGCCGUCGCAGCACAAGAAGCAGCAGAUGCAGCUUCGGCCGCUGCCGCAGCAGCAGCAGCAGCGGAAGCCGCAGAAGAAGAAAAAAAACAAAACGAAAACAACAACGAGAGCGGAAAUGAAAACGAAGAGGAAGAAUCAACAACGGAAUCAGAGGAGGAGGAGGAGGAGUCUUCGCCAGCGUCGGAACCGGUGAGGAUGUCGUUGAUGGAUCUAUUGCAUGAGACGGACAGGGAAAUGGGUUUUGAAAGAUCGAGUUACGGAAUGGGAUUUGAAGGAAAUUUCUUAGAGGAAGAUGAAGAUGAUGAAUACGAAGAAGAUGAAGAUGAUGGUAAUGGUGAAGAAUUCAGCUGUUGCGUUUGUAUGGUGAAACAUAAGAACGGGCCGUUGGCGUCUUGUGGGCAUACUUUUUGCCGGCUGUGUUCGAAGGAGUUGAUGGUAAGCCGCGGGAACUGUCCUACUUGCAGUAAUUUCAUCUUGGAAAUCCUUGAUGCCUUUUGAUUUCUUUUUUCUUCUUUUUAUUCAUUUAUUUUGUUUCAUCAUUUGAGGAUUUAAAUUUGCUAAGGUUUGAGUAGGUUUACUUUCCCCCCUCCUCACAAAAUCGAUUAUGUAAAAUAUCCCUAAAAACAGUUUUGAUUCUUUGUAUUCUUAUUAAUUGUAUAUCAAUUAUUUAAUUUAAAUUAAUGCUAAAUUAUUAAACAA